UGAAAUUUAAAUUGUACAACCUAGAAGAUAUGAAUCUGUGAUAAGGGUAUCUGCUCCUACUCUCAAUUUCUGGUGAGGUAAAUUUGAUGGCCGUCAAAAUUUACAGAGGACCGUAUGUUCCAGAUCGAAUCAUUUCAAUGGCUGUAAAACAGUCAUGAAAAGUUUAAUUGACAGUAAAAGUAGGCUAUCAAAUUUGUUUUAGAUCGUACCCAUUACCUAUAAAAUGAUGUUCCGUGUACCAGUUACAUUGUCCGAUCCAAAUUCCAUCGUAGAAUGGUCUGUCAUGGAAAUUUAAGAAUACAAUUGUCACGGCUUACUUUCCGAAGAACACGCUUCUGUUUGUAGGUUAAGCACUUUUCAGAAGGAAUUGAAAGCAAUGCCUGACCGGUUGGAGAUGUGACCGGGGCCCAAUAGUAGAAAGCCGUGGAAAGGGAAUGUGUGCAAAAGUAAUAGAAAAGGCUUAAUCGGGGAAAAGGGUAGGAAGUUGAGAUUGUUAAGCAGUCAAAUCAAUCAUUCAGCUUGGAAGUUUGGAAUGAUAUGACCCUGUCUCUACUCUCUACUUAGUCGUUCGUGCAAUCCCAAUUCUCUGAUUCAUUCAUUCUGAUACAGAAAGUUGCAAUUCUCCUAUUCACUCUUGUCUUCUUCUUUCUUGUAGAGGGGCGAAAAGCUCAUAAAAAAGGCAGAUGAGCAUUCCAUCUUGAGCAAUGUGAAGUAAUGCAGUCUGAAUCUUUAAAUCUGUAACUAUGCCUAUUAUGCCAUAUUCUGUUGUAAUUUGUAUUUGGGUGUUUCCCUGCAACAGCAUUGUGUCAAUCUAACCUAUUGGAAAAGGGGCACAAUUGAGUUCUAUUGAAGUGGGUGAUUUGGAUUAUUAUGAUAACAUUAUUGGCACUGUUUUGAAUUGGGUAUAAGCCUUUAAGGAUAAGAAUUGAAUAGCUAUGGCAUUGCAAGGUAAUGGCAAUUAUGUGUUUGAUGAACCCGCUAAUUAUAAUUCAUCACUGGAUUACCCAGCAUCUACUUGGCAGACUGGAAUUGCUGCCAAUUAUGCCAUGAAAAUGAGCCAGACACCACCACAGCCAACAGCAGCAGCAGCGCCAACAGAAGGCUUUCUUAGACAUGUUAAUUCCUCUUAUGGUUUGGAUGAGCUCUUACCAUUCUCCCUGCAUAGCCUAGACUAUUCCAGCAGAGAAAACAGUUUGCAAAAUGUGAAGUUGGCUUCUGAACAGUCACCGACUUCUAAUUUCUUCAGCCCCAUCAGUCUAUCUAAAGGCAAUGUUUCUGCAGAAGAAUCCUCAAGUUCUGAGCAGAGUAACGCUGAUCCACGGUCUAAAAUCUGUGCAAGGAAAAGAAAAAUCUUGCCAAAUGAUAAAGCAAGAGGGGACCUAUCCAUCGGUCCUUGUCCUGGUGAAAAUACAGAGAAGGAAUCCAAAGGCAAACGCUCUAAAAUUGCAGAAGGUACAAAUGAAAAGCCUGAUUUGAAAUCUGAGGGUGAAUUAGGAGCCAACGGUAGUGAACCCGAAAUGAAUCGAAAAGAUUCUCAACAAAAUAGCAAACCAUCUGAGGCACCUAAAGACUACAUACAUGUAAGAGCAAGGAGAGGCCAAGCUACUGACAGCCACAGCCUUGCAGAGAGGGUCAGAAGAGAAAAGAUCAGUGAACGUAUGAAGCUGUUGCAAGAUCUUGUUCCAGGUUGUAAUAAGAUAACCGGUAAAGCAGUGAUGUUAGAUGAGAUAAUUAACUAUGUCCAAUCACUGCAGCAUCAAGUUGAGUUUCUAUCUAUGAAGCUAGAAGCUGUUAAUCCAAGACUGGACUUCAACAUGGAGAGAUUUAUUUCCAAAGAUAUGCAUGAACCAUCAAGUAUGCCAUUUGCUUCUGAUUCUGCACUUACAUAUCCACAAUUUCCCCACUCAGAGUGGACACAAAUGCAAACAGGCUUGUCCUGCAAUAUAGUGGAACCUAGUCUGGGAAAUACCAGAGAACAGGCACUGAAAAAGACAAUUAAUGAGCAUUUGGCCCCUGCUGAAGGCUGUGGAGAUGCCAAUUCUCAGAUACCAAAUCUAUGGGAUGAUGAACUACAAAGUGUUGUUCAAUUAGGGCUUGGGCAAAAUAUUCAACUUCCUUUCACACCUCAAAGAUUUCAGGGGUCUUUCAGUACAAGCUACAGGAAUAUUGAAUAUUAACAGCAGUUAGCUGAUGUUGACUUGUCUUGAGGAACUUUAUCUCCGAUUUUCCAUUUCUCACUAUCUGUCCAAUCCAAAAGAGAUGAGAAUGAGAUUUUCUAUAGUUAUCAUCACAUUAGAUCAUGGCUGUUUUGAUCUCUUCAAAUAUGGGUCACUUCAUCAAUCAAUCCAGGCAGAGGUAAAAUCCCAACAAAAUCUUUGGGAACCAGCCAGAUGGAUGAUCAAUACAAGAUCUAUCUUAAUCCAGAGAUCGCCUCUACAGCAAGUUUAGCAACAAAUGUGUAAUUUUGGAUGUUAGACUAAUUUAUUCUAUAAGUGGUGCAAAUGAUCACCAUUCGUACAAUACAGAGGUACAGGCAUUUGUUAACCUGAGUAGACAUAUAUAAGUGAUCUCAUUUUGUGGAAUGGCAAUUCCAACAAAAACUCUUUAUUCACCUGUAUCAUCAAGAGUCGCUGUAAAAACCAUGUGUGACUAUAUGACUUUCCCUUUAAAUUGGUGACUUGCAGUGACAUAUAUAAAAAGCUUAUUGCUUUUUACUUUGAAUG